ACGUGUCCUGGAAGACUGUAAUCAUGACGUCAUCGUUAUUGCGUUUACCAAGAAAUUGAACCAAAAUGGCCGAAGCGGCUGUCGAAACAAACCCAGCAACAAGGUUUUUCUGUCAUCAAUGCAACCAAGAAAUAGCUCCCAACCUUCCGGACUACACAUGUCCCUGGUGUCAAGGAGGCUUCAUUGAGCAGUUAUCAACAGAGGAGUCAAGAGGUGAUGACGAUGAUGAAUGGGAGGACGCGGAUACUGACCCAGCCGCAGAAUUCACUGAAUUAUGGGAGCGAAUGUUUACAGGGCGAUUAGGGGCAGAUCACCCAGCUGGUACAAGAAGUGGAAGACGACGAGCUAGACCAAGAACAAGAAUAGCAAUUCGACAAAGAUUAGGUGGACCAAGCUCAUCAAAUGCUGGAUCUGCUGCAGCGAUUGAUUUAAUACUACAAAAUUUGUUAGCGAGUUUUGGGCAACAGGGAAUUAAUGUUGUAUCAACUGAUGGAGAUGGACCUUCAGUAGGCCUUUUCCCAUUUAAUAUGCUGCAGCUACAUGGAAAUCCUGGUGAUUACGUGUGGGGCACUAAUGGUCUUGAUUCUAUUAUAACACAGUUACUAAAUCAAUUAGAAGGUGCUGGACCACCUCCUGCAGAAAACGACAAAAUAGAAAACCUACCGAAAGUUAAAGUUACACAGUCAUUAAUAGAUUCCAGAACAGAAUGUGCUGUAUGCCAAGAGCAAUUGAAACUACACGAGGAAGUUCUAAUGCUGCCUUGUAAUCACCAUUACCACAAAGACUGUAUCAUACCCUGGUUAAAAAUGCACGAUUCGUGUCCAAUUUGCCGGUUGAGCCUGUCAAAAAACCAAACACGAUCAGGGGAGGAGACCGAAGAGUCCACGUAAUACCACGCCCUUCUAGACAUACUAACACGAAAUAUGGGUCAGAGUUCUGACCCUCCCCCUGGGCGUGCCAUGUGCCACAUAAGAAUGCUGGUGUGAUGUACUGUUUAAGCAAGGGGCUGUUACAGUUUUACAAAUAGAAUACUUUAGACCCGGGGGGGGGGGGGGGGGGGGGGGUCUUCAAUGUAAAAGUGAGUGGGGUGCUCGUCGGAAAAUUCGAAAAUUACCCCUAAAAAUACAUGCACGACUGAAAAUUGCUACCCUAAACAAUUCCUCAGGAGCCUUAAAAAUACCAUUUAUAAGAGAAAAGCCUUUUUUAUUCUUGGAUACCUCCUAAAAAAUACCUGAAGCCUGAGGCCCCUAAAAAUACGACGAGCACCCCUAUCAAGCCGACAUGGAAAGAACCCUCCCGGAGGAAGUCCCCCCCCUCGGGACUUUACAGCGUUAACAUUUGAUAGUUGAUAAUAAUAAUGAUAUAGCUAGGAAAAUAUUUCCCUCUUCCUUUUACUAUAGAAAUAAAUUUGUUCAACUUAGGAUAAGGUAUUUGGAUUAGCAAGGAACCAUGACUUAUCAUCAACCAUCAUACAUGCAAUCUUAGAAAAUGUCAACCUGAUGUAGCUCUAGAACACGCUCAUUUGAUAUACCCUCGAGUACUCGCUGGUGUUACUUCAAGAAAAAGAAUUAAGGCACUUGUUCACAAAUAGUGGCGGCCACAGACAUGGGUCAUCAGUACCAAAUCUAUCAAAGCACCGAAAAAAGCUCACUUUUCUUUAAAGUGUGACAUGUCACAGACAGGCAUCCCCUUGGCCGCGAAGAAAAAUCGUCAAAUACUAUUCCUCUUCCAUUUUACGCUUUUGAUUGUGACAUCCUUUCGAGAAAACCUUGGUACACCCUUGGCCCAUUUGCAUCCCAUUCCACCAAGCUCACUUUUUCUGAAGUUCUGGGCGGAGAGAAGAGAGUGUUCCACACGGAUGUUUUUGGUUCCCUCGGGGAUGCCCUUAAUUUGUUAUAUUUGUUUCUUUUUUUAUUGCAGGUGGGGGGGGGGAUCCCCUUUCCAUGCAUGGAAUAGACCCCUUGUUAGCCUAACCUUUGUUAUUGUUUUCAUUCAAAAUGGAAAACAAAGUUUUAUACGUUAUUUGGCAAUUUCAAUAAAGAAAAAAAUUAUUUUGCUUUGCCAAAUCAGCAAAUGAAAUAGACGCUUUAUUGCACUUUGUAACCUUGCUAGGAUGACAAAAUGGAGGCUUACUAAGACCCUUGAACUGAUGAGUAUAAAGUUCAAGUUUGCAAUUUUGCUUUCUGAAUAUCAACGUGUGCAUCGAUCGACGACAUGAUGAAUUGCGUCCCCUAAAACAGUCCCAGUAUGCUUUUCGCUUAUCAACUCGACCCAAUCCCCCCGCUACGUAAGAAUAGCGACUAGUGACCAUGCUAGGCAUUCACACCCCGGUAACCAAGAAACGAUAAGUAUUUAAAUUUUUACUUAUGGUUCCAUGAUACGUUUAGUUUAUAUAAAACCUGAAACAAUUAUGGUUUACAAACCAUACACAAUGUGAAAUAAAUAAAAUUUGACGA